CCUAACUCACGCCCACGACGAACUCCUCUGCUUCGCGAUACCGUAGCCCUAGCCUCGCCGCUCUGCGCCAUCCUCGCUCGCGCCGCUCCUCUCCGGCGACAGCACCGAGCUCGACGGCGUCUCCUCCUCACGCAGCCCACCUUCAUUGCACGAACCCUCGCCAGAGACCUCUUUCCUUGGUGCACAAGCUCUUCGCCGGCUACACUUGUCCUAGUCGAAAACUUCUCCGGGUUUUAUCCUUGGCGUGCCCUAGCUUUCCUUCCCAGCCGAGCCUUCUUGUUGGCUCCCUCCGUCGGAGAAAUUUUCCUCGCGCUUCCGGCUGACUCCAGCUCCCUCUCACGCGGAGCCCUAGUCUUCAUGUCUCCUCCGGUGCUCGUGACCAUAACACCCUCCGUCGACUUCCUCUCUUGCCAGCAAAGCCACCUUGACGGCGUAGCCUUUUAGUCCAAGAUACCCUUGCGCGAGCUUCCUCUUGGUGGCGUAGCUUUUUGGUCCUAGAGCUUCCUGAAGCAAGCUUCCUCUACCUCGGCGGCGUAGCUUUUUGGUCCAAGAGACUUUUUCCGUGAGCUUCUUCUACCUCGAAGGUGUGGCAUCUUGAUCCGAAAGCCUCCUGCAGUGAGCAUCUUCACCGUCCGCGGACACCGACGGAAGUGCACCGUAGAAAAGUGUGGACGUCUUUCCUUUCUCUCGAGGAGAGCUUCUUUCCGGACUUCGUUGGACGUCUACAACCUACAUGAUGGAGAUUGAAACUGGUACGAUGAGCCUGAUUUCUCAGAACGCGGCGCCUAAAUUUCGUGAAAGCAAAGAUGCUGCUGAUGCUGAAGACUCUUUAUUAAAGAGAAGUAAGAAGAGAGGGAGGGCAGAUGAUAAACAUGGUAGAACUUCUGGAAUGGAGCAAGAAGAGAAAGAAAUCAAGGAACUCGAGAGCUUCUUAUUUGGAAGCCUUAACUCCUCAAUCCAGUUUGGCAAGGAGAUUGGCAGCGGCAAUGAUGAAGGUCCCUUAAAUUUUUUUCUGGAUAAAUCCUCCGGCGAUGAUAUGGUGGUUUAUAAAGAAGAUAUUAACCAAUAUGACAAAGAAGAAAGAAAGCCGGCAUGGGUUGAUGAAGAGGAUGAAGUAAUGGAGGUUGACAUAGUUUCUGUGAGAAGGCUGAGGAAGCUGAGAAAGGAGGCUGGUGAGAAAUUGAUUUCGGGUGCAGAAUAUGUUUCUAGAUUGCGCGCUCAACACGAGAAGCUGAACCCACGAACGGAUUGGGCUGAGUUUAAUCGGAAGCGCAAUGAGAUUUUAGCAUCAGAUGAUGAUUCUAAUGAUGAGAGUGGCAUCACAACUGGAGAUGCCGAAGGAGAUGGUGUUCUACGUAGCAAUUACGAGCUUGUUGAGAAGAGUUCUGUUAAGUUACUCCCUGGAUUGUUAGAGUACUCGAGGCUGAUGAAUGCGAAUUCUGAGGAACCAUCGAACGGUCCUAUAAACUCGGUUCAGUUCCAUCGAAAUGGGAAGCUCUUAUUUACUGCAGGUUUGGACAGGAGGCUGAGGUUUUUCCAAAUUGAUGGGAAACGCAACACAUUGGUUCAAAGCAUAUUUCUUGAAGACUGCCCAAUUCGAAAUGCUUCAUUCCUUCCCAACGGUUCUCAGGUUAUUUUAGCUGGCAGACGAAAGUUCUUCUAUGUUUUCGAUCUGGUGAAAGCUGUGGUUGAUAAGAUUGGUCCUCUGACCGGAAGAGAUGAGAAAAGUUUGGAACUUUUCGAAGUUUCGCCUGAUUCGAGCACCAUUGCGUUUGCCGGGAACGAAGGAUACAUACUUUUGAUCUCGUCGAAAACAAAGGAGUUGAUCGGGACGUUGAAGAUGAACGGAACCGUUCGAUCCUUGGCAUUCGUGGAAGACGGACGGCAACUUAUCAGUGGUGGCGGCGACGGCGAUAUUUACCAUUGGGAUCUGAGGUCACGAAGGUGCAUUCAUAAGGGGGUCGACGAGGGUUGCAUAACCACAACUUCGUUGUCCGCUUCGCCGGAUGGCCGCUUAUUUGCAGCUGGUUCAAGCAGCGGAAUAGUGAACAUAUAUAAAGGAGAUGAUUUUAUUGGUGGGAAGAAGAAGCCGUUGAAGAGUAUCGAAAAUAUGACUACAACGGUUAAUUUUUUGAAAUUUAAUCAUGAUGCUCAGAUAUUGGCAAUAUGUUCCAAUAUGAAGAAGGAUAGUUUGAAACUGGUUCAUAUUCCUUCUUUUACAGUGUUUUCGAAUUGGCCUCCUAGAACUGGGUUGCAGUAUCCUCGAUGUAUGGAUUUUAGCCCUGGUGGAGGCUUUAUGGCUGUGGGAAAUGCAGCGGGAAAGGUUCUGUUGUAUAAAUUGAAUCAUUAUCGAAAUGCUUGAUCGGUAUGAGUUGAACCACUGAGUUGUGCUCGGCGGCUUUCUCGUCCUUUUUGUAGAACUGAAUCCGAGUUUCAUAUUGCGACU